GAGUGGAAGCAUCCGCAGCGGGGAACAGGCGCCGCUUUUGAUCGCCUCUCCCGGGGUGGGCACGAAGUCUGCGUCUUCGUCCUCACUGCAGCAGCCUCUGAAAAGCACCGUGGGCAAGCCCGGGCGAGCUAUGAGACAUGGGGCUCCAGGAAACCACCAGGGGUGCAAGUCUUCUUCGUGAAAGACUUCUCCUGGACCGCAGAGGACAUGACAGGCAGACCGCAUGACGAGAAUCCGGAGAACGUCCUCUCCUUGCGAGGCGAUGUAGACCUGGGCUUUCUCUACAAUCCGGUGAGGGCCUUCUACCUCUGGCUCUACUUGGCAGAACAUCAUGCUUCCGAUUGCGCGUGGUUCGUCAAGGUCGAUGGUGACACCUUCGUGAACCUUUGGGCUUUGAAGUUGCGUUUGCAGCGUUACUUCAACUC